GACGCCACCGCCCUCGUCGUCUGGAGCGGCGGCGGGAGCCGCAGGACCCUGCAGCAGAGGCUGGGGGGCCCGCCGGGCAAGCAGCACGCCAUCCCGGUGCAGCUCGGGGAGGAGUGUCGCUUCGGCUGCGGCGUGCUGGUGGUGCUGCAGGCGCCGACGCAGCCGAGGGAGGCCAUGCUGCCCGUGGAGGUGCCGGUGUCGCCGCUGCUGGACGUGACCCUCCCGCGCACCGUCACCGCGACGGCCCAGCUGUCCGUGCCCGACUCCAGCCGAGGCUUCGCGGAGGGCUCCAUCCGCGUGGCCGUGGCCAAGGCGGGGGGCAGCGGGUCUCAGGAGGAUUUCGAGCCAGGUGACGAGGCGACCGUGCUCGUGACGCUGCCGAAGGAGGAGGCGGGCGCAGAGGUUUGCGUUUUCGUGGUGGACCAGGCGAUGCUGGAUGUUGGGGGCGCCGCGAAUCCGCACCCCCUCGUCCUUCUGAACGACAGCUUUGCCAUAAGCCGCGGCGGCGAAUUCGCCUCGGUCGAGGACACCCGCAACGGGCUCGCCUCCUCCGACGGCUACCGGCAGAUGCCGGAGAGGGCGCUGCGGCUUGCUGGCAUCGACCCGUGGGUGGUGGACGGCCAGUGGUCCCUCCUCCCGAACAACGCGGAAGGCCAGACCGACGAGGAGUACCUGGCCAGCCGCACCGACGAGGCUACCUAUUUCCCGCCUCCCGUCUACGGCGGCUACGGCUACGCCAUGCCGAUGAUGAUGCCGAUGAACGGGCCCCCCAUGGCCAUGGAGAUGGCUGAUAUGGAGAUGGAUGCAGCACCGGUGGCGGCUUCUGCCAUGAUGGAGAAAGGCCCGAUGAUGAGAUCUGCCCCCUCACCAUCCGCCCUGUCGACGACUACUGGGAUGCCUCCGCCGCCGCCGCCCCCUCCGGCGGGGCAGGCUCCAGGGGCCGCCUCGCAGCCACCAGGGAAGGCAGUGUACACGCGGUCCAACUUCGUGACCACGCCGCUCUUCGCGGCCUCGGUCUCGCUGGACGAGCAGGGCUCCGCGAAGGUGCCCUUCAAGCUGCCAGACAACGUGGGGGCCUUCGAGGUGCGGGUCUACGUGGUCGACGGCCGCGGGAAGCACAGGUUCGGCCAGGCGUCCACGCAGAUCGUGUCCCAAAGGUCGGUCUCCAUGCAGCCCUCGAUGCCCCGCGUGGUCCGGCCCGGGGACCGCUUCGAGUGCGGCGUGACCGUGACCGGCAGCGCUACAAACGGGAGCGCCGCUGCGAGGCUGUCAGACGGCAGCGUCAACGUCACAGCUCAGGUGCAGGACGGCAACACCUCGCUGGCCCUCCGGCGCCGUGACCUGCGCGCUCUCGGCGCGGCUAAUACAACUGGCGGAGCCACGGCCGCCGUGGAGGCGUCGGGCAACAGCGGGCCCCGCGAGGUGGUCUUCCCCUUCGAGGUGCCUGCCGUGAGCGAGGGCGGCGGCCUGGGAAGCGCCACGGUGCGCUUCCAGGUGGCCGUGGGCGAUGACGUGCUGGAUGCCAUGGAGGCGCCGGUGGCAGUGAAGGCGACGCAGGGCCAGGUGGUCGUUGCGGACUCCUUCGUCCUCACCGGGCGCCAGGGCGCCGCUGCCGUGGCGGCGGAGGGCCUCGCACUGCCGGAGGCCGCGCCCGGCUCAGGGGAGCUCCGGCUGACGGCAGGGGUGGGCUACCAGCCCUCCGUCGCGACCCACGCCGCCGACCUCCUCGCGCGGGAGCCGACCGACGGGCAGACGGUCGCAGCUCAGCUCCUGCCCGCAGCGGCGCUCGGCCUCUACCGCUGGUCGGCGACGAGCUCGCUGGACUCGGCCGCCACGGCUUUCCAGCGGGCCGUGCGGGAGCUCCCCGCGUACACAGAUCAGUAUGGCUACCCGCCUGCGGGGCUGAUGUGGCGCACAGACGACGCCAACGCCAUCCCGCGAGGCGCGAUGUAUGCGAGCGUGACGCUUAACUCGUUCGGGAUACUGGCGGUGCGAAUUGUGGAGGCCAGCAGCGGUGCUGGCGACAGGUCGGCUGCUGGAGGGAGGAACUCGGAGUCGACGAGCCUCACCUUGCCUCCCUCCUUCGCGCAGAUCGUGGAGAGCUGGCAGGGUGCCCUGGAACAGGAGCUGGCCCGCCAGGUCCGCCAGGCUCGCAAGCACUCCAGGCCGCCGUGCACCUCUGACUGCUUCCGCUCGUGGGCGACCCUGGCCGAUGUCCGCGCCGCGCUCGGCUUCGAGUGGGACGCGCCGUCCGGCAAGGCGGACCGCCGAGAGCUGUCCAUGGACCGGCUGUUCUCCAACGAGUCGCUGGAGAGCCUCGGCCCGCUGGGCCUGGCGCACGCGGCGCUCGCUUACACGCUCCACGGCCGCCCAGAGGAUCUUCCAAGCGAAGCGCCUGCACGCCUCGACCAGAUCUACUCGAGGCUCUCCCGCCUGCUCCGUGUCCAGGGCCGCACGGCCUACGUCGCAGCCAGCGACGGCAGCCAGCACAGCGCAGGCCUGGAGGCGAACGCCGCGGCGCUGCUGGCGAUGGCGCUGGCGGGCGACGGCGCGCUCGCGAGGCACUUCGCAGGAGACGCCUCGUCGUCACUGGCGGCGAAGGUGGGGCAGUACGUGGCCGCUGGCGGUGCAGGCGGUGCCGGCGCCUAUGGAGGCUGGGCCGGGGUGCGAGGCCUGGCCCUCGCGUGUGCAGCGCUCUCCAAGUACGACCAGGCGCUGGGCUCCACGAAGCCAGACAUCCAGGUCUCCGCGGCCAGCGGGGACGUGAGGGUCCUGGACUUCCACGCGAGUGGCGCGAAGGUGGACCCAGUGACGCAGCUCACGCCGUGGGAGCAGCUGCCCCGGCCGCCCGCGCCGGUCCGCUUCACCGCCACGGGGCGCGGCCAAGCAUCCGUCUCCGCCGUGCUCACCUUCGUGCCGGCCGCGAUGCCCACCGCCGGCGCGGUGUACAGGGGCCUGUACGUGGAGAAGGUCGUGCGCAGAAUGAACGCCGCGACGGGCGAUGCCGUGGGGCCCCCGCUGCAGGUGAUACCGCUAGGCGCCAGCGUGGUGGUCACGGUGCAGGUGACGACGCCCGACGAUGUCUCCCGCGUGGUCGUGACGGACCUCUCUGCGGGAGGCCUCGAGCCCGUGGAUCCGAACGUGGCCGGCGACGACAGCGGUGCAGGCGCAGGUGAUGAGUGUAGCGGCGGCGGCUACCGCUGGUCGUGGUGGUGCGUGCCCGCCUUCUACCACCGCGAGACCCUCGCUGACCGCGUCACGUGGACAUCCUGGAGCACGCUCGCCGCCGGCACGCACACCGUGUCCUACCAGGCGGUCGCGGCCACCCGGGGCGUGUUCUCGCUGCCGCCAGCGCACGCCCUCGUGGACGACCAGCCCGAGAUCAUGGGCCUCUCGCAGGCCAGCACCAUCGUCGUGGUAGACGAGAAGUCGCUGGAGUCGCCCGACGCGGCGGACCCCGACGGGCAGUUGAAGGUGCUGGGGGCGCUGGGAGUGGAGCCGCGCAGCCAGGUCCCGCCCAAGAACUGCCCGGGCGGCUGCCCGAACGGCGGGGUGUGCCAGGUAGCCACAGGGACUUGUGUCUGCUACAAGGACUUCAAGUUCGUCGAGGGCGAUUGCGGGCUCAACGAGACGUUCGGUGGGAAGGUGGCGCUCCUUGAUUUGACAGGCGUCGGCGAUGAUGACGCAUCCUGGGCGCUGCCAGGAGGCGUGCUCGUUGCGACGGCGACGAUUUUCUUGCUCAUAGCAGCGGUGCUCACGAUCCGUGUGCACAAGACGCGCGGUUCUCCUUUUCAGGAUCCGAGUGGCUCCUGCUGUCCCUAUGGGGCACUUGCGUCGCAAGACGUCGUACAGGAGCAGGAGCUGAGUCGUUUUGUUUGA